AUGGCAUUUUUAAAACUUCAUCCAAUUCAACCUUCUGAUAUUAAGUCACUAAGUUUUGAUCCUCGUAAAGUUUAUUUUCGACUAUUACCAACAGGAGAAAGUCUACAGAGAAAAUGGUUAUCAUAUUGCGUUGAGAAUAAAAGUGUUUAUUGUAGUAUAUGCAUGGCAUUUUCUAUUGACAAGAACACAACUUUUUGUACUGGUUCAGUAGUUAAUAUUAAAAACUUGUACGAAAGACUCAACAAACAUGAAAAGUCAUUGAGUCAUUCUGAUGCAACUUCAUGUUAUUUAAUAAAUAAAUCUGGAGUGAAUGUAGAAAAUCUUAUCAACACUGAAAGAGAAUUAGUUGUGAAAAAUAACCGAGAAAUAGUUCAUCGUGUAAUUAACAUAAUACUUUUACUCUCAAAACAAAAUGUAGGUUUUAGAGGUAAACGCUAUGAAUCUGCUUAUGAUUUGAAUAAUUUACAAAACAACCAUGGGAAUUUUUUAGAAGUUGUUAACUUUUUAUCUACAUAUGAUCCAAUAAUGCGAGUUCAUGUAGAUAAAGUUUCUAAAAAAAGUGCAGAAAUGAAAAAAAUAAGAGAAGCCAAUACAUCUCAGAAACAUGGUCGUGCAAUAGCAGUGGAUGUAGUUGCAGCUGGAUUAUUUUCAUUUGAAGUAGAUUCAACCCAAGAUAUUAUUGUAAAAGAUCAAAUGUGUAUUUGUGUAAGAUUCGUUAAUGUUAAUAGUGAAAACUUGGUUCAAGAGAGACUUUUCAAAAUGGUAACAAUAAAAUCAGCAACAGAUUUAAAAUUACUUGUAAGUGAUUCUUUUGACGGAGCAUCUAAUAUGAGUGGGAAGUACAAAGGUUUACAAAAUCAAUUAAAAGUAGAUGCUCCUAAUUCUAUAUUUACUCAUUGCUACGCUCAUGUUUUGAAUCUUGUCAUUCAAGAUUCUGUAAAAUGUUGUGUUUGUGCUCAAAAUGUUUUCUCUUUAAUUAAUAAAACUGCUGUAUUUUUUACUGAAUCAUAUAAACGUGCCGAUGUUUGGACAGAUACUAUUUUUGAAAAUGAAACUGGUGCAGAUAAAUUAAGAAAAUUAAAAAAGAUAGGUGCUACAAGAUGGAACAGUGCCGAUGAUGCUUUACGAAGUAUAUUUAAUACAUGGUCGGAUCAAAACGAAACCGAACUCUCAAGAUAUCAUUAUUAUUACGUAUUAGAUGCUUUACACAUAAUUGCUUAUGCUGAUAAUACUGAUCCACACACUGCAUCUGAUGCAAGAGCGUUAAUUAUAAAUUGGAUUUCAUAUGAAACUAUAAUAAUAGCGUUUCUUUUUCUCCAACUGUUCAGUUCAACAACUCCAGUGUCAAAAUAUUUACAAACAAAAGGAUUAGAUUAUAUUACUGCGUGGAAUAAAAUAAGUCAUAUCAUGAAAGUAUUAAAAACUAUGUCUGAUAUAAAAAAUUACAAUGAUCUCAAACAACGAGUUUCUAUUUUUAUAAAAACUAUGACUAAACGAACAGAGUCUCUUGAAAAUAUUUUUAUACAAGACGAAUUUCCUGUUCAAAGACAAAAGAAAGUAAAAAGAAUGUCUGGAGUGUGUGCUUUUGAAUCUGCUGUAAAUUUAUCAUCUGACCAAAAAUAUCAUAUAAAUGUAUUCAGAAGAAUUUAUGAUGUUACGGGAAUGGCUAUGAAUGAGCGAUUUGAAAAAAAUAAAAAUCUAAUUAAUGCUUUAGCUUAUUUAGAUACACGACGAUUUGAUGAAAUUAAAUCUAAUUCAAUUUGUCUGAUUGAAAGCUUGAAGUUUUUAGCUGACAAAGUUAACCUUAAGUAUGAAGAUUUACAAGAAGAACUUAGUCAUUUUGUACGUUCUUAUAAAACUAUUAUAAAAUCCUCAAAAGCACUUUUUGAAAAUGUAUCCGACUAUAAAGAUGACUUAAUAACAAAUGAACCAGUAAAUAGUGAACAAAUCGAAGAUGAAAGUAGUGAUGACAACAAUGGCGAUGAUAAAUCUUUCGACUUUUCUAAAUCUAAAAUUAAAAAAAAUGAUUGCGAAGAAUGCAUACGUUUUUAA